CUACGACGCUACAUACUAACGUACACGGUACACGGCAGGCCCACGCACAGCUAACACACCAAGAAACGUUAAGCAAUGGCGACGGCGGCUACUGGCAUCGCGCCACCGGUAAUCAUCGUGGGGGCGGGGCCGUCGGGUCUGGCGGCGUCGGCUUGCCUGGCGCGGCGCGGGGUGGCGAGCCUGGUCCUCGAGCGCGACGACUGCGUGGGCUCGCUGUGGCGGAAGCGCGCCUACGACCGCCUCCACCUUCACCUCCCCAAGCAGAUCAGCGCGCUCCCCCACGCGCCGCACGCCGAUGACGCCCCGGACUACCUCCCGCGCGACCACUUCGUCCGCUACCUCGACGCAUACGCCGACCGCUUCGACGUGCGCACGCGCCUCCGCCGCGAGGUCCGUGCCGCGCGCUUCGUGGACGGGCGGUGGGAGGUGGAGGCCGUCGACCUCGGCACCGGCGAUGCGGAGCGGCACGCGGCCAAGUUCUUGGUGGUGGCCACGGGGGAGUUCGACGAGAGGGUGCUGCCGGAGGUGCCCGGGCUGGACACGUUCACCGGCGAGGCUAUGCACUCCAGGGACUAUGCAUCCGCCGAGGGGAUGCGUGGGAAAGCGGUGCUCGUCGUCGGGUGUGGCAACUCCGGGAUGGAGAUCGCCCUCGACCUUGCCGAGGGCGGCGCCGCCACCUCCAUCGUCGUCCGCGGCGAGCUCCACCUGAUGACGAGGGAGAUCAUGAGCGCGUCCACGGCGCUGUUCGCGUACCUUCCCGUUUGGAUGAUCGACAAGCUGACGCUGCUCGCGUGCUUCCUCGUGUUCGGCGACACCGCCAAGCACGGCCUCCCACGGCCCGCCCUCGGGCCUUUCGCCAGAAAGCUGCAGAUCAACGCCUACCCUAUCAUCGACGUCGGCACCUACGACAAGAUCAAGAACGGCCAGAUCCAGGUGCUGCCGGCGAUGACGAGCAUCGACGGGGACGUGGUGGAGUUCGCCGACGGCAGACGGCACCGCUUCGACGCCAUCGUCUUCGCCACAGGGUACCGCAGCACGGCAAAGAAGUGGCUCAAGAGCCACGGCGACGGGCUGAUCGGCGACAACGGGAUGGCGGCCGGGAGAUCGCCCAAGGGGGAGAAUGGGCUCUAUCGCGCGGGGAAUCAGAGGUGGCGGUGGUGUGGAUCCCACGCCGGCGCCCCAACCUCCGCCGGCGACUACCCGCCCAGUCCCAGCGCGCACGGCCUCCGCCAGGCGCACGAUGGAGACGGUGUGGAUCUCAUGACGGCCGCCUGGCCCCAGCGCCUCAACCUCCGCCGGCAACUACCCGCCCGGCCUGCUUCCUUGCAGCGGAUCUGGACCACGACGGCAAGAUCAGUGGGAGGCCAUCGCAUUCUUCAACGCCUCCAGUCUCCCGCAGCCUGUGCUAGUGUAGGUACUAGAUCCAGCUUAAGAGCUAGCAGUAGCACUUCUCUAUUAUCACACUCCACGCUGCAGCAAUUAUUCUCGUCAAGCUCACCACGCUUCCUCGUGACUACUACUAGUCAGUUCUUGUCUCAGCUAGCAACUUUUCGGAUGUACCUUUCUACCCUUUUUUAAAUUAUGGUUGUAAUAUUGUAACUAAGAAUAGUAUUUUUUUUUCUUCAACUUAUGGUUGUAGUUUCUGUAACUCGUUGUAUUUCCUUCUGUCUUUUUUACAUCCAGAUUGAUGAACGGCUCAAGGUGUUUUUUUUUCAAUUCUAGAUGAAACUUUAUGCAUCUAGAUGUAAUUUUUAACACUUUUCUACAUCUAGAAUUUUUUUGUGGAUCAAUGUGCAGGAUACGAAUAUCUUUUUCGAUCCCAGAUUUGGUGUACCGGAUGUAACUUUUAUCUUUUUAUUACA